AUGGAAGGUAAACUAUGUCACUAUUUAGAAAUCUUUAAAUCCCCCUAAAGCAAAUUCUUUACUGUUAAAUACAAGUCAAAGGCCUAGGCUGACUCAAGCUUAAACAACAAGCAUAUUUUCAUACAAAGAAAGUUUGAUAAACUAAUUGAUCGUGCUAUGGAAAAGUCCAAAUCGGUUGGAAUAUUCCUCAAUUGUGUGGAUGAAAAAUCAUUCAUAGCCUUUGGGAUUUUACAAUCCUAAUCCAUUUAAUUUGAAAUGUUAACUGAAGACUAAAAAAUUAAUCUAAGUAAUUUGAAAGGCAAUUACGAAUCAUUUUUCAAAGUUGAUUGGACACUCAAAGGAGUGCUAAGCUAUGAGAAGACCCAAAAAAUUAAAAAUGUUUUGAACGACUUAUUGCCGGUGAAUUAAGGUAAAGAAGUCGAAGAAUUAUCAGGAUCAAAUGCUGAAGAGGUAUUAACUUAUCGUAAUCUUAAGCUUUAUUCACUUCUUUAAAAAUAAAAGCCUUAUAAGCCUUAACCUUUACAGGAUAUUAAAUUGCCAUUAUAAUUCAAUUAAUUAACACAACAAAAAUAUCCUACCCAUAGUGAUGAGUCAAAAUUAAGGAAAAAAGGCAAUAGCAGAAGUAGAAGUAGAGAUAAAGAGAAAUCAUAUGACAAGAGAAAAUCAAGCAAAGACCCAAGUGAUGAUAGAGGGAAGUAAUUAGAAAAAAGAAAACACGAACAAAAUGAAAGAAAAGACACCUAUAGAGAUAGUUAGGAUAGACACAAUAAAAGUAGAAGGAGUAGAGAUAGAAGGAGCAGAGAUAGAAGCAAAAGAAGCUAAGAUAAAAAAAGUGAGGAUCGAAGAAGCAGAGAUAGAAAAAAUAGAAAUGAUUAGAAUAAAUGGCAAUAACAUAAAGAGUUUGUUGAUGACAAAUAAGUAUAGACUGAAGUCGGAUUUAAAGAUAAAGACAGAUUGGAAAAAGAAAAAUAGUAAAGGGAAUAACGUGAGAGAGAAAGAGCGAAAGGUUAAAGAGAAUAGAGAGAUAGAGAAUUAUUGAAAAUGAAAAAUAAUAUAAAUCCUAAAUAAACUACAGAUUGGGAUAGGGAUGAUAGAAUUGAAGAUGAAUAAGAGCCGAUUAAAUUAAAAGAUAAAAAAGAAAAAAUAAAGGAUAAAGACAAUGAAAAAGAUAGAGAAAAGGAAAAAUAAAGAGAGAAAGAUAAGGAAAGAGAAAAAGAAAAAGAAAAGGAAAAAGAGAGGGAAAAAGAAAAGGAAAGAGAAAGAGAAAGAGAAAAGGAAAAAGAAAGAGAAAGAGAAAGAGAAAAGGAAAAAGAAAGAGAAAGGGAAAGGGAAAAAGAAAAAGAGAGAGAAAAAGAGAGAGAGAGAGAAAAAGAGAAGUAAAAGGAGAGAGAGAGAGAAAAAGAGAGGGAAAGACUGAAGGAGAAAGAAAAAGAAAGGGAAAGAGAAAGAGAAAGAGAAAAAGAGAAAGAAAAAGAGAAGGAAAGAGAGAGGGAAAAAGAAAGAGAAAAAGAAAGGGAAAGAGAAAAGGAAAAGGAAAGGGAAAAGGAAAAGGAAAAAGAAAAAGAAAAGGAAAGGUAAAGAGAAAAGGAGAAAGAAAUAGAAAGAGAAAAGGAGAAAGAAAGAGAAAAGGAAAGGUAAAGAUAGAAGGAGAAGGAUAAGUAUAGAGAAAAAGAUUAAGAUAGAUAAAAUGAUAAAGAUAGAUAAAAUGAUAAAGAAAAAUAUAGAAGCAAUAGAUAUGAAAAAAAAGAUGAACGAUAUCAAUAAAAGGAUAAGAAUGUUCAUCAUUAUGAAGAUAAAAGAAGAAAAAGAUCGAGGGAUAGGUCAAGAGAAAAACCAAACUAUUCAAAUGAUAGAAGAGACAGAGAGAAAAGGAAUGAUAAGGAUAGAAAACAUAAGACUAUUAAUUAAGAUUUUAAAACAUAGUUUAAAAGAAAAAGUUCUUCUUCAUCAUAGAGUUAAAAAAAUAGAUAAGUUGAAAUUAAAAUAACAUAAAAUCCUAAUUCAAAAAAUAUUAAACAUUAAGAAGAUGUGAAACCUAGAAGAUAAUAUUAGUAUGAAAAUGAAUUUUAUAGCUAAUCUGUAUCCUUGUCUCCCCAUAAAGAAUAAAUAGAAACUUAAGAGCCGGUUAAAAUAGUUGAAAAUAUUUAAAUUUUAGAAAGUGUUCCUGUCUAGAUUGUUCCACCUUAAUAAAUUUAAAUACCCCCUGUGAACAAUUAGCCAUAGGUUCAACCAGUAAUUUAAUAAUAAAUUGAAAAUGUAAUUGAAAAGAAAGAAGAAACCCCAAGGAUUGUGAUAUAGGAAAAUGCUAAGAGAGUAUUAGUAUUGAGUUAAGAUAAACCUUAACCAAGUUUAGAUACAAAUUUUUAGGCCUAAACUGGUUCCAUGAAAAUCAUUAAAAGCGCCUCAGGGAAUACAAACCAACCUAAUAUUAUUAUUCAAAAGCCAAUAAUAUCAGAUACAAAAAUAGGAUAAAUUCAUUAAAGUGGUCAAGAAAAAAUUAAGGAUCGUAUCAUAAUUAAAAAUAAAUGA